AUGGGUAACUGUUGCGUUAGCCCCACCACCAAAGAACCACCGCAGAAUUCUGUACGGAAAACUCUGCCACCCCACCACCCGUUGCCGGAAGAGGAGAUGGUCAAAGAAGUCCUCUCCGAAACCCGCACCAUUCGCAAGAACCCACCGCCGGUUCCUGCGAAUGGGUCCCACCAGCCGAAGAAUUCGCCGCCGCCGCCGGAGAAGCGCCGCGAAAGCCACGACAGGAAACCUUCCGCCGGGCUCUCCGGCGAGAUUUUCUCUCCAGAGAUCUGCAGCACUCGCAGCGGGAGUGUUCCUAUGACCGGCAAGAGAGAUCACGAAGCUGACGUCAUGGUAGAGGCCCGCAGGAGGUCGCCGGCGAGGGUCCAAAAACGGUCCGUUCAUGAUAAAGGCGGUGUCGGCCGGUCGCCGUCGAGGAGAUUUGAACCGUCCCCCGGCCGCGCAAGAUCAAGCCCCGGGAGGGAUCCCGGCCAGGGCUCCCCGAGUAAUGUGUCAAGGAUGGAGAACGGCGAGAUCUCCGGCGGCCUGAGGUCGAGGUCGCCGAUAAUGCAUGCGGAGAACGGAAAUGCAAGAACCGGGUCGGGCCGGAGCCCGUCGGCGAGGAAAACGGGAAGAUCGCUUGAACGAGUCAGAUCCGAAUUGGGCGACAAGAGCCGGAGGUUAGAAGAAAGCUAUUCUAACAGAGACAGUAGAGAAAAGUGGCCCCCAACAUAUUCUAACGAGUCCCUGGAAAAUCCACUUGUAUCCCUGGAAUGUUUCAUUUUUCUUUAG